AGCAGGGGCGCAUGGCAACGCUACUCCGCCCCUUCUUCCCCAGAAACCAUGCUUCCUUUGAUGCCGAGCGCUACGACCACCAGAGCCCUUUAAACCGCCACUUGCCAGAUCUCGUCUCAUCGCCGGCCCCUUCUUCUGUUCUUCCUCCUUCGUCCACCUGUUUCCGUACCCAUACCCGGAUUUCGUUGUCUGUACAGCUUCGCGAUUCAAUACCCAGCCCUUUAAGCGUCAACACAUCCAGCAAACCAAUCACAAUGGCAUCCCCUCAGCAGAUCCGUACUCCCAUCACCGAUCUUUUCAAGAUCAAGCAUCCGAUCCUCCUCGCCGGCAUGAACGUCGCCGCUGGCCCUAAGCUUGCCGCUGCCGUUACCAACGCUGGCGGUCUUGGUGUCAUUGGCGGUGUUGGCUACACACCGGACAUGCUGAAGGAGCAGAUUGCCGAGCUGAAGGAGUACCUCGACGACAAGAACGCCCCCUUCGGUGUCGAUCUGCUUCUUCCUCAGGUCGGCGGCAGCGCUCGCAAGACAAACUAUGACUACACCAAGGGCAAGCUUAACGAGCUCGUCGACAUCAUCAUCGAGUCAGGCGCCAAGUUGUUUGUCUCUGCCGUCGGUGUUCCCCCCAAGCACGUCGUCGACAGAUUGCACUCUGCCGGCAUCGUCUACAUGAACAUGAUUGGCCACCCCAAGCACGUUCAGAAGUGCCUCGACCUCGGUGUUGACAUCAUUUGCGCCCAGGGUGGUGAGGGUGGUGGUCACACCGGUGACGUCCCCACCACCGUCCUCAUCCCCGCCGUUGUCGACCUUUGCAAGAACCACCAGAGUCCUCUCCUGAAGGGUCCCGUUCAGGUGAUCGCCGCUGGUGGUAUUCACAACGGCCAGCUCCUGGCCGCUUCUCUCAUGAUGGGCGCUGGUGCCGUCUGGGUCGGUACCCGCUUCAUUCUCACCGACGAGGCUGGCGCCCCCGAGGCGCACAAGGAGGCUGUCCGCACUGCUGGCCAUGAUGACAACAUCAAGACCCUAAUCUUUACCGGCCGUCCUCUGCGCGUUCGCAAGAACCCCUACAUCGAAAACUGGGAGACGGAGCGCCAGCAGGAGAUCAAGGAGCUCACUGCCAAGGGUGUCAUUCCCUAUGAGGCUGACCUUGACAAGCUCAUGAACUCUGGCGACAGCGAGGGCGGCAGCAGCGGCGGCAGUGACGACAACGCCUCCGAGGUUGACAUCGAUGACGCGCUCGACCAGUUCCGUCCUUUCCUCAUGGGCAAGGCUGCCGCCGUCUGUAACGAGAAGAAGCCUGCCAAGGCCGUCGUCGACGAGUUCGUUAACGACGCCGUUGCAUGGUUGCAGAAGGGCAACAAGAUGAUUGCCAAGCUGUAAACCUGUAAAAGCCUAAUGUUUUUUCUAUCACGGUUUGGUCGCAUCGUUGGACGGCGUCAGGGUGCAUCCCCACUCUGGCGUCUCCCUGGGGCCUGGAGUUUUAAGGCACAUGUUUUGUAUAUAUCUCGCACGAUCUAAGGACGAACGUUUGCUAGCAUACCAUGAAUGAUUUACUCUUUUUUGUUCUU